UCACGAUCGUUCACGAAGGACAGUCUGGAGUGUAUAGCAGAUAAAGAAAAGAGACCUGAUUGCUUCAUCAUAGUACUACACUGAAAAAGUGAAGGGGGGGUACGAGACAAAUAAUGCACUUCGAGUUCAUCAGCGUUCGUGUUGUUGAUCUCUUCUAAGUCAGUGGAAAAAUGACAACAAGCUUCAAUGCCACCACAAGAGACUGGAAUGGGACUACAAUUCCUGCAGUGUAUGAUACCACAGUAGCUUCGAGUGAUGUUGACUACAAUUCCAGCAUCUUACCAAACACAUCUUCAACUGCAUCACCUCAUCACCACGAUUCCAUUUGGUUGAUGUCUGCGUCAGCCCAAGGAAUAGCGGGAGUGUUCGUCUGGGCAGCUGUGUUUAUUACUUGCCAUCAGAUAUAUCAAUAUCUGAGAUUUUACACUCACCCUUCUGAGCAGCGUUGGAUAGUCAGGAUUCUCUUCAUUGUACCAAUCUACGCUCUUACUUCUUGGUUUUCUCUUCUUUUCUUCCACAAAAACAGCUACUAUGUGUAUUUCGAUACAUUCCGUGACUGCUACGAAGCUUUCGUCAUUUACAACUUCUUGAGUCUCUGUUACGAGUAUCUCGGAGGAGAGGGGAAUAUCAUGAGCGAGAUUCGAGGGAAACCCAUCCGGUCGAGUUGGUUCUACUGCACCUGCUGUCUAUCUGGUCGUCAGUAUUCGAUCGAAUUCCUUCGAUUCUGUAAACAGGCCACGCUUCAAUUCUGUGCAGUCAAACCUUGCAUGGCUUUUGUGACCGUUAUCCUACAAUCGCAAGGGCUAUACUCUGACGGCGAUUGGAGCCCCCAGUCCGGCUAUCUGUACAUCACCAUCAUUUACAACGUCUCCAUCACGCUGGCUCUCUACGCUCUCUUCCUCUUCUACUUUGCUACCAAGGAUCUACUCACACCAUACGAUCCAGUCUUGAAAUUUGCCAUCAUCAAAUCGGUCAUCUUCUUGUCUUUCUGGCAAGGUGUCUUGCUGGCCGUGCUGGAAACUUUGGAGAUUAUCUCUCCGAUCUACGCAGCCGAUGGCAGUGCUUCGACCAACGCUGGAACCGUCUCGGCUGGCUACCAAAACUUCCUGGUAUGUAUCGAAAUGGGUUUCGCUGCCGUGGCCUUGCGCUACGCUUUCCCCGUGACGGUUUACGCCCAGAAUUGUGCUACUGAUUCACGCGGUCGCACUGUCACCAUGCAGAGCAUUUCCAGUAGUUUGAAGGAAACAGUCAAUCCAAAAGAUAUCAUGACGGAUGCAUUUCACAAUUUUCACCCACAGUACCAACAGUACACUCAAUACAGCGCCAGUGGAUCGGUAUCUCGUGGCGCUGGUGGACGGCCAAGUCGUAAUGGAACGUUUGACACUGACGAAUCGGGGCCUGCCAUUCAUCGUACGACCCCUACUCUUCAUCCGGCACCUUCGACAUCGAAUGCAAUCGCUUCUCCUACAGUUCCCGUCAAUUCAGGUGGUGCUGCUACAUCUUCAUUUUCGACUACUAUCGCUGCUACUAAUGCAACUUCUGCUACUGCUGCUCAUUCUUCAACAUCGUCAGCCCCCGCCCAGUCAGGCAAUGGAGGUCCUGUUGGAGUGCCGCCAUCGCGUCUCGCUUACACGGAAAAGACAAUGCUACUCAGCUCGGACGACGAGUUCCAGUGAGCUCUUAAAGCCCCGUCAUACACAGGAACAACAACUAGACACAGACACACGUGAGGGAUACACACUAGUGUCCCGCCAUUUCGAUGACACCUACACUUACAUAAUAUUAUCGUUCUUGUUGUUGUUGGGCAAUCACACACACAUACACAAAAGACACUUAUAUCUUUUCUUUUUUUUUAAGGUAAUACCGCGUCAUCCCCCCCCCGCCCUUUUCUCGAAUGUAUUUGUAAUAAUUUCCCUCUUUUCAUUUUUUGUUUACUUAUUGUUUAAGUUCCCUCCGGGUAAACGUACUAUAUGUAAACGGUAUAUAUUAUAAAUAUAUUAUUCAGUGUUGAGUGUA